ACACAGGCCCGAGGGUAAGGAGUCCUCAUGUGGGUCAGAACGUAAACUACAUGAGCCUGGUGAGACGUGUCGACCUUGUUGUAAACGAAGGCACCCUCUCACUCUGCCCUCGUGCUCACUGAUGAGACCCAGCUAUCGUCUUGUUACACUGAUCGGCCCAGACACGUGGAGAAAGUUGGCGAACACAAGUCCAUCUGCAGACUCCGUCAUACACAGGUCUACUUCCAACUGAGGAUAACUCGAACCAUCGGCUGAGAGGAAACCACAUAGACAGUACCUAAUUUCACCACGUCAUAAUUUCCAACCAAUCGCAGUUGCAGAAAUCUAGCGCCCAAGCUCCUUCAAUGGAAACCUCAGAAAACAACUGCAAUUUUAUCAAAGGAGGGCAUCUGGCCGAAGGUGUGUCACAAGAAGGUCACAGUCACGACCACAGUCACAGUCAUGGACACGAACACGGUCACACACACGAUGUACUCGACAAUCCUGGCUCGUACCUUGACAGAGAUAAGCCAUUAUACAGACAAGAUUUUAAACAGCGGGCUUUCACAGUAGGAAUCGGAGGUCCCGUGGGUUCGGGGAAAACUGCCUUGGUCCUGUCUCUGUGUAAACACUUACGCGACUCCGUCGGUUUAUGUGUGGUAACAAAUGAUAUCUUCACGAGAGAAGACUGGGAAUUUCUGGUCCGAAAUAAGGCCUUACCAUCUGAGCGCAUGCGUGCCGUAGAAACCGGCGGAUGCCCACAUGCCGCCAUUCGAGAGGAUUAUUCGUUGAACAUGGAGGAAAUCCGAAGUCUGACAAAGCAGUUCAGCCCGCAGAUUGUAAUAAUCGAAUCAGGGGGAGACAACCUUGCUGCCAAUUACAGCCGAGAGCUGGCCGAUUACAUCAUUUAUGUUAUUGAUGUUGCAGGCGGAGACAAAGUUCCUCGGAAGGGUGGCCCGGGGAUAACACAAAGCGAUCUUUUAGUGAUAAAUAAGACAGACCUGGCCGAGGCUGUGGGAGCGGACUUAAAGGUGAUGGAUCGAGAUGCCAAACUAAUGCGUCAGGAAGGACCCACCAUCUUCUCACAAGCCAAGCACAUGGUCGGGAUUCCGGAGAUUGCCGAACACAUCUUGAAGGCUUACCGAAUGGCCGUGCCCAAUUCAUAGUUCACAUAUAAACCGACUUUGACAAUGCAGUGAAACCUCAUUAGCGUACAUUUCAUAUGCUAUUUCUCUCAUGUUUCUGGGUGGAACGAUUUGUAAUUCUUGGCUUACUGCUUAAAGCUCAAGCAGGACAUUUUCGCCGUUGUGAUACAAUCUUAUCGUGAUUCAUUGUCUUAUGCAUGUCGUCAUCAAUAUAUAAUCAUACAACAAAAUUAAAAUAAACGUGUACU